AUGUCAGGUCGCAAAGAUGGGGGUGACUCCUCCAGCGACUCUGCGGCGGAAGACAGAAAGAGGUCAAGAGAAGGGCUCGUGGCCCUGAGGACGCAAGAUAGCUCGCUGACGGAUCAGAUGAGCCAGCGAAUGUCGCUAGUGGAAGAUACCAUGAGGGCAAACAAGAAGGAGGAGCCAGCUGGCGUCAUGGAGGGUGCCGCCGAUCGCGGCGAUGCUAGGGAGAGCGCCGCCGCGGAGUCCACGAACGCCGAAGGAGGGGCACCGUGGACCGGGAGUGCGCAGGACGGGAGGUACCUGCGCGAACCUGUUCGAGAGUCUGGCCCGUCAGGGCGACACAACGGCGAAGCAGGGGGCUCUGUCCCCCAAGAGGUGAGAGUAGCCGCUGCUCACAACCAAGGUUAUAGUACUGCCAUGGGAGAUAGUGGUGGUGGUGCUGGCUUUGGAUACGGAGCCACAACCCCAGCGACGGGGUACCAAAGUGUGUGGUACACUUCUCCUCCGUUCAGCGGGAAAUCGAAAGAUUCCAACGAAUGGCUAUAUGAUUUCCGCAUGGCAGCUAAUGGCGCAAACCUGUUGGAACAAUUUGAAGAGAGCGGGAGCUUGGAGAUCCCCGUCAACAGCGGAAAGAGCACGUUUUCGCUGUCACAGCAGUACCGGAGCGAGCAAGUAGAGCUCGCAUUCCACGCGUGGAACUUCCUGUCUCACGCGUUGAAAGAAAAAGAUCGGAAAAUCAUGAAAGGGGCAGAGACGCCCCAGGGAGCUCUUCGUGAGCUCAAGACCAUACACGACCCUCAAUCAUCUGUACAGCCGUCAGAGGACCUCAGGUCCCUGACGUCGACCAAGAUCUCUAGAGGUGAAAACCCCCAAAACGCCCUAAAUGUGAUGCUGCAAACCGGAAAUUCCUUAACCGAGAAAGGACUAACGGUCAACGAAACGUUCGUCCUUCACCUCUUCCUGGAUGCCCUUUCGGACGAGUAUGCCAUGACAAAGCACAACUCGCGACACGCGAAGGAGUUGACGCGGACCGGUGUGCAAAAGGAAGGAAUGAUCGAAUCCAAGGCGAUCAAGGACAAGCUGGAGCAGGGGAAACGCAAAGGGGCGAAGGGCGCAGAGCAUGCAUGCGUACUUCGCCGACGGUGAGGGCCGCAGGGAGCGGUACUC